UAUUGUUUAUUCUACGGCAGGUCGACCGUGGUCAGUUUCCUGCCUCCUGUAGCGCCGCCUCACCUGCGAGACUCAGCAGUACUGAAAAUGAUUCAGGAAGAAGAACCAGAGACAGUGAGGACACGAGCACUGUCUCCCCAGUGGCCGCCCCCGGGGCACGCAAUCUCCCGCCCUCAAGGCUUCAUGGGCAAGAUUUGUACCGGCAAGGGUCCAGGAGGGCGCCCGGUAGAGUGGCCGCCUCGCCCAGAGCAGGAAGACCAGGAUUCAGCAGACCAGGCCAACAGCAUGGAUCAGGUGCAGCACCACCAGCAGACGAUGUCGCAACAGCAUCAGCAACAGCAGAGGCAGCAGGUUACCUCUGCUUCGUCGGAAAUGAGAACGGUGAAGCAGAGUUACCAGGUGAAACAGCAUUACGAAACGCGAUACACUGGAUCACAGCAGAUGGGAUCUGUUCAGCCUCAACAGCAGCAGUCUAUGCAGCACCAGACAACACAACAGACCUCGUCCACCUCUCAUCACCCGCCAGUCUUCAGCAAACAGUACCAAACACCCUCCCACAUGACUUCUCCUCCUCCGAAUUUCAAUCAAGUUGGAUCUCCUUUCUCUCAACGGCCCGGGUCCUCAGUCUAAAUUUCCCCAACAAUAUGCUCCCAGGCUGCUGCCCCGCCCCGGUAUGCUCCCCAGGCUGCUGCCCCGCCCCAGUAUGCUGCACAGAAUGCUGCCCCGCCCCAGUAUGCUGCACAGAAUGCUGUCCCGCCCCAUUAUGCUGCCCAGAAUAUUGCCCCAUCUCAGUAUGCUGCCCAGAACGCUGCCCCAACCCAGUAUGAUACCCAGCCUCAGAAUGCUCCACAGAAUAUCCAACCACAAUAUGCUCCUCAACCCGCUGAACAGUUUGAGAAAGGUCCACAGCCCCUGUAUCAGCAAGCACCUCAAAUAUCGGCCCAGCAACAACAAGCAGCACCUCAAACUGCUGUCCAGCCUCAAACUGCUGCCCAGCCUCAAAAAGCCCCUCGUAAAGUUACUAAACCUCAGGGUAACGCUGGUCCUCCAAAGGCGGAAGUGGAAUUUCCUCCAGGGUACAGUACUGCCUACAGCGCCGUCCACGGGGAGUGGCCGCCGAAGAUAAAGAAUGCUCCGAACCUGACGACUACUUAUCCCUCAGGGUUCAAGUACAGAGAACAAAUACCUCUGGACAACGUUCCUGCCAAGGUAGUGAUGUCGCAGCCAGCCUUCAAGAUCAGUCAACCCAUCAGGCGACGAGGCGAUGACAAGUGGCCUCCCAAGGGUGUUAACCAACCUGUACAAGAAGAGGUUCGUGAAUUCGUUAAGCCCAAGAAGAUGAGCCGGAAUUACGGCGAGUUCUUCGCUCAGAACGCCUUGCCUCACAACUAUGCCGCCUACCGUCCUCCCCCAGGCACACAGCAUCAUGAUGUAGACGAAGAUGGGGAGGAGGAGGAGGGAGAGGAGGAAGAUGCUGGUGUCUCCAACAUGUAAUCUUUCUUCCUUCCUCCAGCACCUCAAUACAAACUCCACCACAAGCAUCUGGUUAUAACUUUCUAUAUGAAAAAUACGACAAAACAUUAUCUGCUCACUCCUCAUGUCCCUUAAUAUUCAAUCUAUUUCUGUUUUUGUUCUUUCGAUUACUUUAACACAAGUUUAUCGACAGCCAGAAAUACAUUAAAAACAGUUCAGUUAUUAAAUAUCCUCUCAAUUCGGCAAGCAAGCAGCUUCUGACUAUGUAGCUCGGUGUCUGAUAUUCUUAACAAUUAUAAAAUGAGUAUGCCGUUUAUAGCCUUAAUUCCUUCGUGACUCGUGCAACGGAACUCUAAGACAAUAUUAUACACAUAUUUUGCACCCAAACUAGAUUACAUGGAUGCACUUAACAAAGUUAUGGCUGCUGCUGCCGCCUCUAACCAACGAUUACAUUGAUUAUUUCUAAAUUACUGGUCUAUACAUAUUCCAACGUAUACUAGGUAGCAUGUAUACCGAAACCAGCCAUUACACUAUACCAAUUCAAACCGGUGAUUAUCCUCAGAAUAUAAAAGAAAUAUUCACAUGUUUCUCUUUUAUCUUAUUUAUUAUAUUUUAUUAUACCUAUAAAAUUAUAAAUAUAUUUAUAUUUUUAACUGGAACCAUAGAAAAUAUUCUGCUUCCCCUUGGAUCCGCUGAGCUGGAGUUAUAUGGUAACGUCAAGAAUGACCAGAAUUUGAGUUUAACACACAACUUUUGUUUUAAAAACACAAAAAAAUUAUCACUCUAGCUUCUAUAACACAAUUUUAUUGUUGAAACAUGCUAUUUGUUACACCAAAAUAAAAUAUGUUCUCUUAAGCUGUUUUGUUUAAUGCUUUGCAAAUAUUAGGUCUCUCCUUAGUUUUACAAAUAUGAAACUGUUUACGGAUUACCCGCAAAGGAACCUCGUGAUGAUGUUUUGAUCCACUGUCUACAGUGGUUCUAAGUUCCUCUCAUGAGUGUGGGAUGUUUGUCAGAUGUUCCAGCCACGGUAUUUUGACUUUCUAUCCAUCACAGAAACUAUUAUCUGAUAUGUUUUUUUCAUCCGAGGUAAGAUACACUAUGUCCAGUUUCGUUUGUUUCUCUACUCAUAUCAUAACUGGAUGUUCAGUUCACCUUUUUUUUUGAUUGACUUUCAACUCUUCUGUCUGUCCCAUUUUCCAAUACCACCGAGUGAUUCAAUGAUAUUACUAGAUUUUUGAUGUUAAGCCAAUUACAUAAAACAAAAUGAUUAUGGUGUGCAUGUCUUGAUUAUAGCAUAAACAAAAUUAAUAAUAUCACAAGAGCAAUACAUAUUCCGUCCUAUAUUAUGGUUAAGCCUUAAUCAACUUAAGCAUAAUUUCGUUUUCUCUGAUGACAAACGGAAGGCCCAGUAGGUUAAGAAAACGGGAAGAUCAUCUCAAGACAACUAUAUAAACUUGGACUUCAAGACAUCGCACUUUUGCUAUGCUAAUUUUUGUAUAAAAUAAAUAUUUAUGAACUAA